AUGUGCACCCAGGUAAACGAAGCAUCUUUCCCCGGUACCACGAAGGGUACCAAUACCGACGACAUCGAUGUGGUCGAUCGCGUGGAGCUGGACAUGGGCCGCCUCUGCAUGAACGACCUCUAUUCGGACGUGGAGUUUUUGGUAGAGGACCAUCGGCUCCCGGCCCACCGAAACAUUCUAGCGGUCCGCAGUGAGUACUUCAGCGCCAUGCUGUACGGUGACAUGGCUGAAUCGAAGCAGCGGGAAAUUCGGCUGAAUGUGCCGGUGGAUGCAUUUAAAAAAAUUCUGGGCUAUAUUUACACGGGCACGCUGCCUCUUUCCAAACUGGACGUGGAUCAAAUUCUAGAUCUGCUAAAUUUGGUCCACUUUUUCGGAUUGCAGAACGUCGAGGCGGCCAUAGAGAAAAAUCUGCAGCAGAAUGCUUCCCUCAGCAACAUCUGCAAGAUCCUGAAUGCAGCGCACCGAUACAGUAUGAACGGCCUGCGCAAAAACUGCCUAAACUUUAUGGACUGCAAGGCGUCGGAUGUGCUACAGCAUGCAUCCUUCGCAAUGCUGUGUAAGGAAUCACUUGAGGAAGUCCUGGAACGGGACACCUUCUAUGCCCCCGAAGUUGAAAUUUUUCAAGCUGUAUGCAAAUGGAGGGCCCUCUUUCCGAGCGAGGACAUCAAGACCGUGAUCUCGCACAUACGUCUCCCUCUAAUGUCUUUUCAAGAGCUGCUACGUGUGGUGCGUCCCACUGGCAUUUUCGACCUGGACCAAAUAAUGGACGCCAUGGAUCAAAUAGAGGCUAGAGAGAAUCUGCCACACCGGAGCGUCGUGUUGCGGGGGGAGAAUGUGUACAAAGUUAUAAGAAAUUGUCAGUCUGAUUAUACGAUUUUCAAAAUCAGCAAGGUGUCCUUAAUCAACUGUAUUAGUCUGACUGUUUCUGUUGGAGGGAAAUGGGCAGUACAUUUCUCACACAACAUGGAGCACAUGUAUUCUGUGGGAACCUAUGAUAUGAAACCCAACGUCAGAAGGGAUAUUAAUAUUGAGAAGGCUUUCGCUCGCUACAUUAUUGUCCAGACAUUUAAUCAAAACAAGAUUGAUGCUGAGGUCAUUGUCAAGUAUAAGUAG